CGGAUCGACGAGAAGGACGGGGCAUAGAUAAUUUCGAACCGGAAAGCAGAAAAAAGACGAGAAAAGAAAAACCGAGAGAGGGAGAGGGGUGAACCGUGAAAUCCCCGAGCGAGCGAGAGAGGCAAGGAGGAGUUCGAGGCGAUCUCGACCGCCGCCAUCCACCCUCCUUCGCGACCCUCCGUCGUCUCCAGAUCGUGCUCCGCUCAGGAAGCAUUGGAGAAUUUUAAUCAUAAAUUGACAUGUGAAGGAGGAGGAGGCAGACUACCUGUAACUAAAAUAAUUUCAGUUGGAUAAUAUGGUUGACAUAAACCCUGAUCACAUUUUUGAGGUUCCUGACACUCCUGACCGGAUACAACAGUCAACAUGCCCUGUAUCUAGCCCAGCUGCUAGGAGAGGUAUCACAAAAGCAGCUGGAAAUCCAUUUCCACCCCGAAGAAUUAGAUUUAAGAUCCCGAAUAGCUCCAUCCAUGGUCAAUCAAGUAGAGACAAUGCAUCUAGUGUGCCACCUGCUCCUUUAGAUGCUGGUGAUAUUUUUAAACAGGCCGAAUUGGCACGGUUGCUGCCAGUAGAAGACCCUGAAGCAAGAUCUACCUCGCUAAAAUCAGGUAGGACUAUAGGGACAUCUGCUGAGACUGGAAAAGGGCCUGAAAAACUUGGUUUGGAACAGAGCAGGAACAUCUCAAACAAUAUAAAUUCCAGGUGCCAAAUCAGAAAAGAGGAGCUUAGUUCACGAGAUGCAAAUCGCAACAAUGCUGGUUUUCUUGGUGUAGGAUCAGGUAUUCCUACCACGGUCGGAGAACCACGAAACAGAAUGGGGACUAUUACUUUUAAUAAGUUGAAGGAAGUAGUAGGUGCAGAUGUUUGUUCAGUAUCAAGUUUCAGAGAGGACAAAGGGGAAGAGACCACUGACAAGGGCACUACAGGACUUUCAAGCUCUACACUGAGCAUUGUUCCUCGAAGGCAUGUGGGCCAAAGAAAGCUGGUGCGGAAUGGUUGUAUUUCUCCCUCCAACAUAGCCAAAAGAAGUCUGAAAGUUGACGAAAAACGAGAAAUGUGCUCUACAAGUCGACUCUUACGCUAUCCAGAUAAUGAGGUUGAUGUUUUUGAGAAGGGAAACGUGAUAGAUCUUACGGAUAACUCACCUGCAAUAAGAAGGCAGGGUAACACUUCAACUGAUAUGGAAAAAAGGUCAGGGAGAAAGUUGGCAAUACCCAGAGCUGGGGAGGCUGUAAUUCCACUGGCUGCAAAUCAAGUAAACAGUAGCAUUUUUUCUGAAGGUAGUAACAGUAAAGGAAAAGAAAUUUCCCAUGAUGGCAUGAGUGGUAAGCAGUCUGGAGAGGCUUAUAUCAGAAGGGUUUGUCCAAGAUCCAUGGGAGAUUCUUCUUCUGUUGCAAACAAUGACCACACUGGUAUAUAUUCUGAGCAUUGUUGGAGAACAACACACAAUAAUACAAGUAUAUUGCCCAUGUCACUAUCAGCAGGAGACAACAAUAACUCAAUUAAUGGAGCAGACAACAAUAAUUCAAUUGAUGGAGCAACCACAUUGCAGACUGCAACUGUUAAUAAAACAAUAAGGAUCAGUAAUAGAAAGAGGAAGCACAUCCCAAGUUCUUACCAUCCUGCUGAAAGCUCUAGUUCUUUAGAUCAACCUAGAGUUGCAUCAUUGGGCUCAACAUCUGCUAGAAAUCGUAUCACACACCGUUGUCAUAUUCCUGUAGUGGAUAUUGAUGACAUAUGCUCUCCUGAAGUUAGAUCUACUUCAAGUGGGAUUGAUGGCAGCAAUCAAACCUUGGUAGAUCCUAACAUAAGAGAACAAUUGGAGUCUGAUGAGUUAUUGGCUCGCCAACUUCAGGAGCAGCUUUACAAUGAAACUCCUCAUGUUGUUCCUGCGGAAGAGAUCGAUGCAAUCAUAGCAAUGUCACUUCAAAAUGAAGAGAAUGCACAGCAAACAUCUAGAGCUACGAGGCGGUUCCAAAACACUACGAGAGGUACACGGGUAAUGCGUUCAAGUGCUUCCCAGCAUGCUAAUAGGGUUGUAUAUGACUCAGCAAACAGAAGAACAAUUUACCAGAGAGUUCUUUCCAGAUACCCUGCUGCACAUAUUCAACCCAAUAUUGAUUUAAACGAUUAUGAUGCGCUGCUUGCAUUAGAUGAAAAUAACCACCAGCAUGCUGGUGCAUCAGAAAGUCAGAUAAAUAAUUUACCUCAGUCGGUAGUCCAGUCAAAUAACAUUGAAGAGCCGUGUGCAGUUUGUCUUGAAAAUCCCUCUAUUGGAGAUACGAUCCGUCGUUUGCCAUGCUUUCACAUGUUCCAUAAAGAGUGCAUAGACGAAUGGCUACGAAGAAAGAAACUAUGCCCAGUUUGUAAGUCUGGGAUCACAUAAAGGUAAUCAAUGCAUCUCCAUGAUUGAUUAUUCUGUUCGCAGACCCGAGAGAACAGAAGGAAGUCACCUGCAACAGUGGGGUUGUGUUUCAUCUUUAGACAGUGGUACUGUCGAGUGGUUGCAACUUGCAAUCUUGCAGAGCCUUGUUCUACUGCCUUCGGUGCCAAUACUCUGUUUUGUAGGUUUAGGCACAAUAUUUUGUAUAUCUAUAAUUUUCAUUCACCAAUUGGCAAACAAGGGAAAUAGUCGAUUAAUCUUGCCUGUCACAGCAAGACAUGAUGAAAAUGUGCGUUGUCUAUCACCUGUGCAAGAUGGCAGGUAAGCAUGUGUACUCCGAUGCAGUCCGGCCAGGGCAUAGUACAUAACUACAUAUAACCCAUAAGCGGCAGGCUGAUCCUGCAAGCCCAGGGCCACCCGGACAGCGGUUGAAGAACCACCGUUGCCAUUCCUCCUUUCUCCUGCUGUCAAACUU